GAACAUUACGCAAAUAAGAUGUUCCAUCAAUCCUGAAAGUAGACAAUGCGUGAUGAGUAACAUUCACAAAGAAGCUGAACGCAUUGAACUACCCACGGUUCCACCAGCGUGCUACGGAGAUUAA